AGAAGAAGAAGAGAUGGAAGGUGAACUGUUUGAAACAAGUGAGACGUUGGCAGAAUUUCUUGGUUCAACACAAUUGCUGUCAGAAUCAUGGAAGCUCUGCAACCUUGCCAACACUACAGCACCUCAUAGCCUGGUCGUGGAUCAAAUUGAAGAAGUGGGUUACGUAGCUUUUUCCGGUGUACAAUCGGUGAUCGGAGAUAAUUUGGUGGCGUUUGAAGAAUCAUCGUCUUCUGAUGGAGUUAGUUGUAGUAAUGGUAAUGGGCCUUUUUCAUCAUCUUGUAACAGAGAAGAUGGAGAAGAACCUGCCAUGGUUCAUUCUGGGUUCUUGAAUGUCUUCUUAAAUAUGUAUCACAGUCCUAUCUUCCGCAGUCAGAUGGAGGCAAUGAUGAACAGAAGCAAGGCAGUGAUUAUUACAGGACACUCAAUUGGAGGAGCAAUUGCUUCUCUUACAGCUCUUUGGUUGCUCUCUUCUUUACAAUCUUUUUCGUCUCCCUUGUCGAUCCUCUGCAUCACCUUUGGGUCUCCACUGCUAGGGAAUGAGUCUCUCUCAAAAGCAAUUCUCAGAGAAAGAUGGGGAGGAAAGUUCUGUCAUGUGGUCUCAAAGGAUGAUCUUGUGCCAAGACUAUUCUUUGCACCAAUAGCCUCCAUUACUUCACAACUUAACUAUUUACUACAGCUCUGGCAAUUCUCCAUGACAUCUCCACAGUUGGGUCAACAACUAGCAAUGCAAUUAACUGAGGAGGCUAGAAUUGAAUUCUACCACUACAUCUUAAGCCAUGUUGCAGCAGCAGCAGCAGCAGGAGGAGAAGGUUCAAUGAAUAGUUCAUAUAGGCCUUUUGGGAGUUACCUCUUGUGUUCUGAAAAAGGAGCAGUUUGUGUUGAGAAUGCAACAGCUGUUGUUCAAAUGCUGCAUUUGAUGUUUAUAACGAGUUCACCGAAUUCUAUCAUCGAUGAUCAUCUCAAGUAUGGAGAUGUUGUAGCGAAAAUCUCACAACAGUUUCUAAAGAGCAGAAGCUUCACAGAAGGGGUUCUUCCUGGGUCAAGUUAUGAAGUGGGGAUUUCACUAGCAUUGGAGGCUUCUGGGAUAGUAGGCCAGGACUUGGUUGCUGAGCAUGCCAGAGAAUGCCUAAAGAUGGCAAAACAGAUGGGUCAAAGGCCAAACCUGAAUAGUGCUAACCUUGCCAUUAGUUUAGCCAAGGUAACACCAUAUAGAGCUGAAAUUGAGUGGUACAAGUCACUGUGUGACGAAUCUGAUGAUCAAAUGGGCUACUAUGACUCCUUCAAGAACAGGGCAGGAAUUUCCAAGAGAGACCAUAAGGUGAACAUGAACCGAUUCAUGCUUGCUGGAUUUUGGGAUAAAGUAAUUUACAUGCUGGAGACUAAUCAGCUCCCCCAUGAUUUUCACUUCCGAGCGAAGUUUGUCAAUGCUUCUCAUUUCUACAAACUCCUUGUUGAGCCUUUAGACAUUGCAGAAUAUUAUAAGACAGGAAUGCACAAGAUCAAAGGUCAUUAUCUGAUGCAUGGGAGGGAGAGGAGAUAUGUGAUCUUUGAUAGAUGGUGGGGGAAUAGAAAAGAAGGAGGUGAAGAUAAUAGAAAGAGGAGCAAAUAUGCAGGGCUGACACAAGAUUCUUGCUUUUGGGCAAAAGUGGAGGAGGCAAAAGAUUGUUUAGACAAAGCAAGGAGUGAGAGAGAUCCAUCAAAGUUGGCUCAACUUUGGGAGAACAUGAACAAGUUUGAAUUUUAUAGUAGUCAAUUAAUUGACAAAAAAGAAGUUUCUAAAGAUGUUGUGGCAAAGAAUUCAAGUUAUAGUUUGUGGGUGGAAGAAUGGAAGGAGUUAAAAUACCAGUUAACCCAAAUCUCCUAUCAGUUCCCAGGUAACCUGAGAGGUGAAAGUAGUUCCUUUGCUUUCCCUAGGAAAUGA